AUGACUCAUGAAAGUUCUGACGAAUGUAAAAAUGAAAAACAAUUACAGGAAACUAAUUUAACAGAACAAGAGUGGACUUUAUUAAAAGACCUUUUACAGGUUCUUGGUCCAUUUGCAGCAGCAACUCAAUAUUUGGGUAGUUCAUACUAUUCAAUGCAUAGCCUUAUGCAUCAUGUUAUUGAAAAAUUAAAAGAAAUUUUUAAACCAACAAUUACUAAUACAAAUAUAUUUAAUAUUAAAAAUGAAGAGGAUGCAUUUGAUUAUGAUAAAGAACAAAUUAAUCAAGAUAAAACUUUAUUAAAUAAUCUAAUUAAUACUAUCAGUUUGCUAAAUGAAGUUAAAGAAAAAAUAUAUACAACUCUUUGUCAUUAUUAUCCAAAUCUAGCAUCUCAAGAAUUAAUAUUUGCUUUAUUGGAUCCUCAACUCAAAUUACUGGAUUUUGUUAAUAUGAUAAGUAAAUCAGUUACUAAAAAUAUUCUUAAAAACUUAUAUAAUAAAGAAAAGUCACUAAAAAAUGAACAAACUUCAAGUGAAUAUGAAAAUGAGGAUUUAUAUUCAAUAAACAACAAUCAAACUGAUAAUUGUAUAAUUGGCAAUGAUCUACUCUAUAUAUCAUGCUUAUUAAAGUCUUUGGAAAAGGAUAAUUUACAA